AUGCCCAAGAUCCCCUCCGCACCUUCGCUCCGGCGCUCGAAGCGCGCUGCCAAAACAGCCAGGAAGCCCAGGGCUUCCAGCCCUUCCUCCGUCAACCUCAAGCCGUGGCCCCCCUUGGUCAGGCUCGACAUGCAGCGCCAGCACCCCAGCGGCUCGGCUGGCGCCGUGCCGUCGUGGGUGCGCAACUCCUGGACCGGGACGUCCUUUGGCAUCCCCAAUUACGUCGGAGACACCUUGAUGAGCCACCAGGCCACCUGGGCCGCCAAGAAUUCGUCCGUUACCAUCCAUGACAUGUUCAUGUACAUGGGCGGCGACUGGAGCUGCGUGCUCGAGCCGCAGCUGUGCGUCUACCUUGCGGUCUGCGACGUCGUCCUCCAGCGCAAGGAUCAGGAGAUGAUGUCGCGCGUGUAUGACCCGCUGCCGACUUACUCGGCGUGGCGUGAGCGCCGUGCCAAGGAUUUCGCCGAGGUCUUCGCCCUGGCGCAGCGCGACUUUAGUGCCUCUGUGCCUGGCCUAGACGUGGGCGCCGCGCGCAGUCUCUUCGCCCAGGUCAUCCACGAGCUGUUUCUCGAGGGUGCCGAUGCGUGCUGGCCGCUCACCAACGAGCCGUACACGCUCACGCGCAGUCAGCUCGGCUGCUUCGCCCCGCACCCCGAGGACAUGGACCGCUACGGCCUCGUGAUCUAUAGCUUCAACGUCGGUAACGAGCGCAAUGAGGGCGCCGUCAACGACGAGCUCGAAGAUUUCGAGUCUUUCCGCCCCGCCUUCGAGGCCGUCGCCGGCCUCCGCGGCCUGCCCUGCUUCCCGCCCGGCUUCCGCCUCACUACUCCCAAUGUCUCCAAGGGUGUCACGGUCACUACCUCUGCCCAAUGCAUGUUGCCCAUCGGCCCGCCGCCGACGCUUCAGGAGUUGUGGGGCGACGACUGGUAA